UCUCCGUUCGAGAUCAGACGCGGAGUAUAACAACUCGUCCUCUGUUGAGCUCCUGGGCAGCCACACACAGCACAACAUCACGCACCUUCUUACUUCACGUGCUUGUAUUUGCACAACCACGUUACGUGGACGGUAUUUCAGGUUGAUGGGGAAUUACAGGAGGUUUUUUUGUGUGUGUAUAUAUAUAUGAGUACGUAUGUUGAAUUUCUUUCGCACGGUACGUGGACAACCGUGCUAAUAUAUUGAGAGGCAGUAUUAAAUAGAAUUUUAUUGGGUGAAUAAAAAUAACAUAACCACACGCGCUCGCAAAAUUUUGGCUUUUGGGGUUUGCAACGCGUUCUUGGGACAUGGCAGAGCAGGGUGAGGACGAUCAGUUUCGAUCCAAGCUCUCUCCGACGGCUGACAUCGCGGCAGGGACGUUCCUCCUGGCCGUAACGGUGCUCUCCCUGUUGGGCAACGGCGCCGUGCUGGGAGUCGCGGCGCGCCGCUGGGCACGGCUCAAUGGCCCCGAGCUGCUGUCGGUGAACCUGGCGCUCACCGACCUGGGCAUCGCCGCCUCCAUCUACCCGCUGGCGGUGGCCUCGGCGUGGAGCCACCGCUGGCUCGGGGGGCAGUCCGUGUGCACCUACUACGCCUUCGCGGGAUUCUUCUUCGGCACAGCAAGCAUGGGGACACUCACGGCCAUGGCCGCGGUGCGUUACAAGGGCACCUCGACGCAGGUCCACGUGAAGAAAAUGACCAAGCGAGCGAUGGUGGUGGUGAUCGUGGCGGUGUGGGCCUACGCGAUGCUCUGGUCCUGCCUCCCUCUCCUGGGAUGGGGCAGCUACGGCGUGGAGCCGUUCGGCGUGUCGUGCACGCUGGCCUGGGCCGAGCUGCAGCUGACGCCGGGCGGCGCGGCCUUCCUGUACGCCAUGUUCGUGCUCUGCCUGCUGUUGCCGGCGAUCGCCAUCGGCCUGUGCUACGCGGGCAUCGUGUGCAAGCUGCGGCGCGCGUACCACCAAGUGCGCAGCAAGCGGCGCACGCCCACCGCUCGGCACGUCGAGAGCCGCCUCACCAAGAUGGCGGUGCUGGUGACUGUCGGCUUCAUCGGCUGCUGGUCUCCGUACGCGAUCGUCAGCCUCUGGUCGCUAUUCCGCAGCCCGGGCUCCAUCUCCCCGCUGGUGGCGCUGCUGCCCUGCCUCUUCGCCAAAUCCUCCACGGUCUACAACCCCUUCAUCUACUACCUGUUCAGCCGCUCCUUCCGCGCGGAGCUGCGCUCCAUGGCCUGCCCCUGCCUCGACGCGCGGCGCCCGGGCGCGUCCAGCGAGAGCGCGCCCCCUCUGCCCCCCCAGCGCGCCGCGCGGAGGAGCUCCCAGCGCGUGUGGAGCAUCACCGAGGCGAGGCCCGCGGGCAGGUCCCAUCCGCCGGGCGACGGCGGCGUGGGUCUCCGCAGGAGCAGCGCCGCCGCCGCCGCUCGCGAUGCCGCCGACGAAGCGGUGGAGGGCACGACGGAUGACGACCCGCGCCCGUCGAAGGACGUCGCCGCGAUGAUCCCGCUCGUCAGCUUCGACGGCGGCGGCGGCUCCUACGCGCCGAGCUCGGAGGGGCUGCUGCUGCCGCCGCCGCCGUCUCCCGUGGGGGGCACGCACCGCGUGCUGCUCGAGACGGCGCCUGCGGGGCGCAAGCCGGAGAAGAGGGGGACGUAGCUCGUGGCCGCGUCUCGCGUGAUUCCGCGUCUCGCGUAGGU